AUGGUCGACUGCUCACAAAUUAGUAGUCUUUUUCCGAAAUGUCUGACUGUUUUUCUAUUCUCAUUCACAGCCGUCAAUACUGUUUCAAAUGUAAGUGUUUUCAGAGGACCAGGAUCACUCUUACUGGGUAUAACGUUAAGCUUAAGCUUCUACACAUAUUUCAAAGUAUGUAAAGUGGGCGCAGGAAGCCCUCUUGAUUUUCCUGCAUUGCGAAUUUCGAACCUUAAAGCUGCUGAGCAAGGUCUAGAGCUUCCACCUAAAUUUCUUACGGAGAAGUCCGUUACGUUAAAGAGAAAUGGAAGGUAUAGAUUUUGCCGAGAAUGCAUGGUCUGGAAACCUGAUAGAUGCCACCACUGCUCUGGAUGCAAUAUAUGCAUUUUGAGAAUGGACCACCAUUGUCCGUGGUUUGCUGCAUGCGUUGGUUUUCGCAAUCAACGCUAUUUCAUUCAUUUUCUACUGUACGCUCUAACGUACUCCAUAAUCAUAUUCUUUUGGGUGGGAACUGAUUUGCUUCUUUGGUUUCGGCAAGAAAAGUAUCAGGAAAGAACUAUAAACCUAUCUCUGCUACUAGUGUGGAUUUUAUCAGUUGUUGUGACGAUCUCGAUGGCUUUCUUCACUGGCUACAGCGUAUACAUGGUCACUGCCAAUCAAACAACCAUUGAGAUGUAUGAAUCUUCCGAGCAAAGAUCACAAGUAAGCCUUCUAGAUGAAAUGAGAGGCACGCAAACACAGCUUCACACCAACGUCUUCGAUUUAGGUUCUGCGUUACGCAAUUGGAAAGCUAUCAUGGGUCAAGCUUGGUACGAGUGGGUAUUACCAAUUCAAACGUUCGUUCAGGUGAGAAACAUGCAUUCUCUCGAUGAAAGUGGGCUGUAUUUCGAGGUCAACUCAGAUCUGGAACGUCAGGUGUCGGAAAGCAUGAAUUUACAAGAACAGCUGAUGAGACGACUGACACCUCGUUCUUCUUACGGUAACGGCGAAUUACGGCCCAUUGACUUUGCAGUGUGA